AUGUUUCAAAUUCUUGAAAAGAGAAGAGAAGCUCAGAGGAGAAGAAGACGUAAUAAAAGACAACAAGAGAAUCGAGAGAGAGUUGAGAGAGUUAAUUAUUUAUCAGACCAUACUGACAAUCCCAACUUCAAUACAGAUGAAAUAGUCAAUAUCAAUCCAACUUCCAGAGUUUCUGUUGGUAAUAAUUCCACAUGUGACAAUACCUCUCCCUCCAUUUUUGUUCCUAGUGUUGAUGCCAAUAAAACGUUUGUGACAAUUGGUGAGAGGGUGCACCGUCAAAAUGAAUUGAAAAGAAAUGAAAAGACACUUGAAGAAAUUGAAAAACAAACGAUUAGACGGUUUAACAAUAGAAAAGAAAGAAGGGAUAUUUAUAACUUGGCUAGAGAGAGAGCGAUAAAAGAGAGGAGUAGGAAAACGUUACACUCUAAUCGUGAGUCAAUCGGUGAUAGAAAUGACACUUUAUAUGAAGAAGACGGUAUAGACGCUAGUUAUGUUGACGAGGUUCUAGAAGAGUUAAAUCGGAAUGAUGAGGAUUUUGUUAAUAAUAUAUUAGAAGAAGAAGGAAAUAAUUUUACCUAUACUGAAGAGGAAAUACAAAAUAUUGAUAGAAUCAAAAUGUCCAAUACAAGUGAUAUAAUUAGUGAUUUAAGACCAAAUUUAUUUGGUGAAAUUAACAAUAGAGAAAGAUGGAGGAGGAUGUUAUUAGAAACGUUUCGGAUAAUUAAAUUAAUUAAAGAAAACGAUUUGGUCCCAUUAGUAGAAAUUUACGCAGGAAAUGCUCAGAGACAUUUUAUAAUUAAUUUGGAUAAUACUACCAUAACGUCUUUCAUUAACAGAUGUCUCUCUUUUAGUUAUGGUAUUGAGGAAUUUUGGGAGAAUUAUAAUCGUCAGGAUGAAGAAGUGAGAAUUCCACCAGGAAAGAUUGUUAGUCGAAUCGUAAUCACUGCUCUUCUCCCACCACUAAGAGAGUUGAUUGAAGGUGGUUUCUUUAACUUCUACUUAUCAGAUAAAUAUAUUAUAUUUAAAGAAUUACUUAAGCUAUACCAAAUAUAUGUUAAAAAUGAGAUUAGAAUCGAAGAAAAUUGUUUUGUUAAAACAUUAAUUGAAAGUAGAAAGUUAUCUGAAGAUGAAAUUAGAAGGAUUAGGUCUCAGUUAAUAGGAGAAACAGUUUCUAAAAAGACAGUUAAAGCUAUUGCUGAACAAUACAAACUUAAAGUAGUAUUAAAAAAAAUAAAGAGAGAAGUGAUGAGUUAUGGUACAAGAGAAAUUAAUAUUUUCUUAUUUCGUUGGGGAAAGGGAAACCAUUAUAUAAUCAAUAAUAACAUAAAAGUGACAAGUUAUUUCAUUAAACAUUAUGAAGAAAUAAACGAAUAUAGUUACCAAAAUAACAUCGAACUACUAUCUUUAAUGAACGUAAUAAAAAAGCAGAACAAUAAAUAUGUUCAUUCAUUAAAUGACUUUAUUCCAGCGUUUAAAGCAAUUACUCUUUUAAUUGAUAAAAAUAUUCUUAUUCCAAUCUCAAAAGAAGAUAUUGUUAAAAAAAUGCUGUUUGAAUCAGAUAAAUUUCCUCUUCAUGUCAAUGCUAUGUCUGUUUCUGAGUUUAGAGAAAUUAGAGAAAAAGAAAUUACAGAAAACAUAGCCUUCACUUUGUUGUUUGCUGAUUUUGAAUGCAUGAUUAUCAACGAAGAACAUAUCCCAUUUUGUGUGGUUGUUAGCGAUGAGGCAGGUAUAAUGCAUGAAUUUUAUGGAAUUAAUUGUGGAGAUGAAUUCAUUAAAUUUUUAGAGCGUAUAUCGAACCCCUGUUGUUAUUUCCACAACUUAGGAUAUGACGGAAGAUUUUUAGCUAAAUACGGAAUUGUGAAAAUCAUUAAAAGAGAAAACAUAAUUUACUCAAUGAUUGUUAAAACACAUAGAGGAAAAACAUUAAUCUUUAAAGACACAUUAGCUUUAAUUCCAACGUCGAUAUCGAAUUUUAAGAACUUCUUUAAACUUGAUGGUGAAUAUGAAAAAGAAGUAUUUCCUUAUAUGUAUUAUAACCACAACACAUUCAAUAUUGGUGUGGUUGAGAAUUGUUGGAUAAAAGAAGUUCCUCCUUGGAAUGAUUCAAAAAUAUCCCACUUCAAAACAAAUCUUAUUAAAACUAAAUGCUUAUAUUCAGAUGGACGUUUCAAUUCUAAAUUAUAUUGCUUAUAUUAUUGUAGACAAGAUGUAGAAAUAUUACGAAAGGGAUUUCUUAAGUAUAGAGAAAUGAUCAAAACACAUUUUAAUUGUGAUUGUGUGUAUUAUAACUCCAUUAGUUCAUUAGCAUUUAAUUAUUUUAGAACAAAGUGUUUAUCUAAUUGUGAUAUUUUUGAGUACACUGGUAUAAUACGGGAUUUUAUUUCUCAAGCUGUUAUAGGAGGGAGAAAUAUGCUAGGAGAAAAUAAGAAAAGAAUAAUUGAAAAUGAGAUUGUUGAUUUUGAUGCAUGUUCCCUAUACCCUAGUGCAAUUCAUAGACUUCGAUUACCCACAGGUUAUCCGUUCUUGAUGACCAAACCCAUUAAUUGGUAUUGGGAAAGAUUGAUGAGUGAGGACCAAGUCACUCCAAAUGAAGAGAAGUUUAUUUCAUUCUUUAUCGUAAAAAUUACAGUAACAAAUGUAGGUAAACAUCGUAAGAUGCCGAUCAUAUUUAAUAAAAUAAAGGGAACAAAUAAUUAUAUUAAUGACGGUGCAGAAAUGGUGGUUGACUCGAUAUAUCUUGAGGAUCUGAUAAAGUACCAAUCAAUUGAAUACGAGGUACAAGAGGGGAUUUAUUGGUGUGGACAUAAAAUUGACACAUUCUCAAAAGAGAUAGAAAAAGUUUAUAGUUUCAGAGCUACUAUGAAAAGAGAUAAAAACCCAGCAGAAAUAGUUUUCAAGUUAAUUAUGAAUAGUUGUUAUGGGAAAACUAUUCAAAAACCAACUCUCACUGAGUACAAAUUUUAUAGGAGUAAAAAAGAUAUGAUGAGGUUUUGGUCCAGAAAUUAUAAAAGUGUUAUUUAUGCAGAACAGAUAAAUGGGUCAGACAUAUGGAUGGUUCAAACCAAAGCACAAAUGGAUUCAUUUUAUACUCCAAAUAUCAUUGGUGUAUUAAUAUUGUCGAUGUCAAAACGAAUAAUGAAUGAAUUGAUUUAUUUGUGCGAGGAUAAUGAUAUUGAUGUCUUCUACCAAGACACGGAUUCUAUUCAUAUUUUAAAAGAAAAGCUGCCUUUAUUGGAAUAUUUAUUUAAAGAAAAAUAUGGUAGAGAAUUAGUUGGAACCAAAAUGGGACAAUUCCAUUCUGAUUUUCCAACAGUUAAAGGAAAAGAGUCAUGGGCAAUUAAGUCCAUCUUCUUGGGGAAGAAAUGUUAUCUCGAUGUUUUAUCAAACAUUGAUGAUGACAUUGAUUAUUUAAUAAGAAUGAAAGGAAUCCCUAAAGAUAUUAUUAAAAAACGAGCAGAAGAGUCUUUUGGAGGAAAUGUUAUUGAUCUCUAUGAAUAUCUUUAUUAUGGAGGGAUCUUAUCAUUUGAUUUAUCAGAAGGAGGUCCUCAUUUUGUGUUUGAAAGAGAUUUCACUGUUAAGACUCUUUCCUCCUUUAAAAGAACAAUUAAAUUCUAA